GCCUACAACUGUAAAUGUGCUAGACUUUUUGAAUCUUCGUCAGAUUAAUUUUAGUUAUAGUCACACGAAUUUUUUAUCAUAAUAGCACUUCGUUAGGGUGAACACACUAUAUUCUCAAGGUACUACAUUGAAAAUGACCACACUCAGCAAGAAAGAAACCAUAGCGCUACGCGAGAAAUACAUCGGGAAAUCAUGUCAGUUGUUUUUCCGCAAAGAUCCUUUGAAGAUUAUUUCUGCCAAAGGACAAUACAUGUACGAUGAAAGAGGUGAUGCCUAUUUAGACUGUAUCAACAAUGUGGCUCAUGUUGGUCAUUGCCAUCCUGAUGUCGUGAAAGCAGGCAGUGAACAAAUGGCUCUUCUCAGCACCAACAAUAGAUUUUUGCACGACAAUAUCGUACUGUGUGCGCAGAGAAUCGUUAACACUCUUCCUGAAGAACUGAGCGUGUGCUUCUUCGUUAACUCUGGCUCUGAAGCUAAUGAUUUGGCCAUAAGGUUGGCACAAAUUCAUACCGGCAACAGGCAAAUCAUAGCACUAGAACAUGCGUACCAUGGUCAUUUGACUUCUUUGAUUGAUAUUUCCCACUACAAAUUCAACCUCCCUGGUGGUCCAAAACAGAAGGAAUACGUUCAUGUUGCAAGCUGUCCCGAUUCUUAUAGAGGUAAAUUUAAUGAUAGUAAGUACAAGAAAGAAGAUAUUGGUGAACUCUACGCCGAUGAGGUGAAAGAUAUUUGUGAUCGUGUUAAAAAGGAAACCGGUGAAGGAAUUUGUGCCUACAUAGCUGAAAGUAUGAUUAGCUGUGGUGGUCAGGUAAUUCCGCCACAAAGUUAUUUCAAAAAUGUUUACAAACAUGUAAGAGCAGCGGGUGGAGUAUGCAUUGCUGAUGAGGUUCAAGUUGGAUUUGGACGUAUUGGAAAACAUUGGUGGACCUUCCAACAUUACGAUGUAGUGCCAGAUAUUGUUACUAUGGGCAAACCAAUGGGUAAUGGGCAUCCAGUUGCAGCUGUUGUAACCACCAAAGCAGUAGCAGAUAGUUUCUACGCGACUGGAGUAGAGUAUUUUAAUACGUAUGGAGGUAAUCCUGUAUCAUGUGCCAUUGCAAAUGCAGUAUUCGACACAAUUGAGAAGGAGAACUUAAGAGAACAUGCCCUAGUUGUGGGUGAAUACCUCCUGGAUAGUUGUAACAAACUUAAGAGCAAACAUCCCUGCAUUGGUGAUGUUAGAGGUCUUGGUCUUUUUGUCGGCAUUGAUAUUGUAAAAGACAGGGAAACUAGGGCUUCGGAUAGAGAAACGGCAACGUACAUAAACACAAGAAUGAAGGAAGAACACAUUUUGUUGAGUGUUGAUGGACCAGACUGCAAUGUUAUUAAACUAAAACCACCGAUGGUAUUCUCCAAGGAGAAUGUUGAUGAAGUUGUGUCUACUUUAGACAGAAUUCUUAAAGAAGUUCGUCACCAAAAAGAAGAUUCAUGUCAGAUAAAUCGUACUGGUAAGACCAAUUCCGUCAAUGGUGAAGCUGGUGCAUCUAAAGAUCAAAGUUCGCACAGAAAACCUGGAUUGGACGAAGAUGUGAAAUCCAUAUAAGUUUUAUAUGUUCAUUACAUUAUUUCAUUGUAGAUGAAAUUACAUUUUAAUAUAUUGCCAAUGUUUUAAUUGACAAUGAUUAAUUUAUAUUAAAAUUUUUAAUAUAUUUUAAUAGCCUUUAGAGGGAUUUAUAUCUGUUCUGACAUUUUAUAAAAUGCAAAAUAUUUUUUAGUAUUAUUAUUUUUAUUACGUAUCGAAAUAAAUUAUUAAAAAUUUUAUUAAAUUACUGCAGUUAUAAUCAAUAAAUAAAAUGAUUCGAUGUA